AAAAGCCCAAGGCAAUGCCACCAUCCUGAAAUUAAAGAAGUAUAGACCAGAUCUGUCCGAAACCACCGCUCUCCUGCGCCUAUCGUUGUUGAUAUGCCUACCGCCCCUCCGCCUACCGCCCCUCCUGCCCCUACCGCCUCUCUUGCGCCUACCGCCGCUCCUUCACCUACCGUUGCUCCUUCGCCUACAGCUGCUACUCCGCCUACCGCCACUCCUCUGCAAUGCCACUUUCCUCUGCCGCUCGAGCUUCUUCCAUAUUCAGGGUUUCUAGAGCAUCCUCCUCUCUUUGGAUUAUCCGGUUGAACCUUUGCACUUUGUUGGCUAAUAUUCGUAUCUCGUCGCGUACAAGCUGUACUUGAGUCAACAUAUUGGAAAUGCGAGUAAAAGAAGCUGGUCUUGGUGGUCCUCCAAUUAGAGCUGCUAUGUCCAUAUUGUCUCUUGUAAAAUCAAAACACUCUCAAUUAUCUUUAAAAGAAAAAAACAAGUAUUUAAAUAGUAGCUUACCAAGAAUAAAAAAUUUUUGUUUUGGUGAAUAACAAGUAUUUAGGGGUGAAUAACAAGUAUUUAGGUGUUAAUUUAAAUUAUACAAAAAUAACAAUUGAUUAGUCUUGGGGGAAAAUAUAUUUUAUUUUUCUUCGAAAAAUUGGAAUGAAUAUAUUAAAUGAUAAUAACUAAACGAUAAUAACUAUUUUAUUUGAUUUUAGGCUAAAAUGUGAAAUAAUAAAAGAAUAUUCUUGAAAAAUUGGAAUAACAGAUCAAAUAAUCAAAUUAAGUAUUUAGCUUCUACAUAUCAGGAUGAAAAUGCUUACAUAUAACAUACGAUUUAACACAUCAGCUCUCACUCUAAAAAGGUCAGAUGUUUGCAGUGAGAAGACGAUACUAGGAGACAAUACUAGAGACUUUAUUUAUAAUAAAGUCACGGUUCAACAAAACAAGAUGAGAUGCAAAUGUGAGAUUAUUUUGGGAUUAUGUGAAAGUGAGAUUAUUAUGCAAAUUUGACUUUUGUUGAUGCCAAAAUAAUCUCACAUUUGCAUCUCAUCUUCUUUUAUUGAACCAUGACUUUAUUAUAAAUAAAGUCCCUAAUAUCGUCUCCUAGUAUCGUCUUCUCACUGCAAACAUCCGACCUUUUUAGAGUGAGAGCUGAUGUGUUAAAUCGUAUGUUAUAUGUAAGCAUUUUCAUCCUGAUAUGUAGAAGCUAAAUACUUAAUUUGACUAUUUGAUCUGUUAUUCCAAUUUUUCAAAAAUAUUCUUUUAUUAUUUCGCAUUUUAUCCUAAAAUCAAAUAAAAUAGUUAUUAUCAUUUAGUUAUUAUCGUUUAAUAUAUUCAUUCCAAUUAAUAUAUUCUAGUUGCUUAAUAUAAAUGAUUAAUAUACUCUGCCUACUUCAAAAAAAAUUAUAUUCCCCCUAAAACUAAUUAGUUGUUAUUUUUGUAUAAUUUAAUUUAACACCUAAAUACUUGUUAUUCACCCCUAAAUACUUGUUAUUCACCCAGAACAAAAAUUUAUUAUUUUUGGUAAGCUACUAUUUAAAUAGUUGUUUUUUUCUUCAAAAGAUAAUUGGGUGUGUUUUGAUUUUACAAGAGACAAUAUGGAAGUAGCAGCUCCAAUUGGAGGACCACCAGGAUCAACUUCUUUUACUCGCAUUUUCAGUAUGUUGACUCAAGUACGACUUGUGCGCGACGAGAUACGAAUAUCAGCCAACAAAGUGCAGAGGUUCAACCGGAAAAUACAAAGAGGGGAUGAUGUUCUAGAACACCUGCAAAAGUUGCAAGAUAAGAUUAAUUUACAGUUGGAUAAGAACACAUUCCUUGAUCAACAAAUGCUUAUCAUUACACAAUUGAUCAUUCAAUGGUGGAACUAUCGUGGGAUAAACACGACAGUUAAUCUCAGAAGUGUUGAGAAGUUAAACCUCUACGUGAUAUUCAUGGUAUAGCCGGUGUUUUGCUCAGAAUAAAGAUAUCAAGACGCGUGAAUAUUGGAUACACUCAAGGGACGAUAAUAGAUGCUCUACGAAGCCACGACUUUAGGACAUUAGAUUUAAACGUGGCAUUGAACGCUGAAGGUCCAAUGUAUCAAUUAGAAUAUAGAAAUGUUAAUGAUAAUUUGAUUCACAACCGCCGCCAUCAUAGUAUUGGUCAGAGGGAUACAAUGAUUUCAAAUGCGGUUUGUCAAUCAAUCAUUCAAAUUUAUUAAAGUAUUUAUUAUUGUCGUUUAGUUUAAAGAUAAAUAAUCAUGGCCGGAGAAAAACUAUGUGAUACUCCCUAAUAAAUAGUAUAUCAUUUAAUAUACAAAGAGAGGACAAACAUGCCCAACUUUCCCGCUCAAAGUCGGAUUAGGAAUUCGAGUCAAAUAACUUGGAUUAGAAAAGUAAUACUCAGUAAAUGUAUUGCAUAAAAAAAAUUGGUUAGCCUAAUUCCUGCAGUCAUCCUAUAAUUUGGAAAACAUUAAAAGGUUGCAGACCUACAAUUAGGUUAAUUAUUAUUGUCUUUUUACUUUUUCUAAGUGGUCUUUGAAUCUUCGAUGCUACUACAGGGUCGAGAAUAUUUCAAAAUUUUGCUGACUAUUUAUAGUAACAUCAAUUCUCAAAUUUUUUUGUACAGUAACAUCAGCGUCCAACCGGCCAAGUCAAGUAUAAAUAUUGUUUUGCCCAUACAACUUGUUGAGACAAAUGUUGAAGCAUAAAUCCAACUUGAUUUGAGACAAUUGUAGUACAAAUUUUAUUUCUAUUUAAAUUGACAAAAUUUAGCUUCACUAUUUUAUCCUCCUAAAGAAGGGUAAAAAAAAUUACAUUGAAAAUUAAACGAAUUUUCUUAACUUUAUUAUUUGAGAUUCCUUAACUUAAAUAAUGAAAAAAUUAUACUCCCUCCGUCCUUGAAAGAAGUUCCCCAUUUGACUUUCACACACUUUUUAUGCCAGUAAACUUAUAAGGGGUAAGUUUCGACACUUUUUGACUCUGUUUUGUACUGUUUGGCACUUAAAUGAUGUACAUUUAAGGAAAUGAGAACUUAAAUUAGGGACAUCCAAAUAAGGAAAGUGAGAACUUCUUUCGGAGACGGAGGGAGUAUGAAAGAAUGGCUAAAAUAAUCCGCUACAAUAACUUCAGCAAAUACGGUCAAAAAAUAAUUUCAAUCUUACUUUUUUUAUUAUUACACAAUUCAACAUGUGAAAUAAAAUAUUACGCGUUGGUUAAUAAGCUUGAUAAGUCAAAAAAUAAUGUCACCAAAAGAGCUAAAAUCUAUAUAGCAAAGUGAAAAACCAGCUAGAGUUCUCGCUCGAAAACAUCACAAUCAAGCGUAAAAUUGGUAUUGCGCUGGAAUAAACUCAAACUCAAAAGUUGGUCAAAUAAAAGGUGUUCGGUAAUAUCACUGAUAUUAUCUUGGAAAUUGUAGCCUUUAAAGUUGUAGCUAAGCAUCAAAUAAAAGGUAUUCCCUCCGUCCCACUAUGAUUGUCCCAUUUUACCAUUUCGGUCCGUCCCACUAAGAUUGUCUCAUACCUUAUUUGGUAAAGUUUGUGUGGUUCUAAAUCAUUUCAACUUUAUUCUUACUUUAUCAAUUCAAUAUCAAUCACAUAAACCCACUUUUAUUAAUAACCGUGCCAUCUUCUCUUGUCCCAAACUUAGGGGGACAGAGGUAGUAUUUUUGAUUGUUUGGGAAAUUGUAGCCUUGAAAGUUGUAGCUAAUCAUCAAAUAAAAGGUAUUUUUGAUGUAAAGUUUACAAAAAUCAAUUUGCUGACCCUCAUGCUCACCAUCUAAUUUAAAUCAAAAAAUACACUGAUGCUUAACAUGUGUUUAUCAAUACCCAAGAGGCCAAGAGCAACUGAAGAAUGAGUAGAAAGUCUUCUGGAUAUUUGAUUCUAUGACACCGUAUGGAUGUAUCUAUAUGGAGAUCCAAAGCAUGCGGCGGAUGAGGAGUCAAUUGGACAUUAGUCUCUAUUUUCUGUGUUAUUGAUGUUUUUACCCCGGAGAAGCUGACCGGAAAACUCAAAGUUUGGGUACAAACGGACAGAUGGUAGUGUUAGGAAGUCAAAAAAAAAUCUUCAGUGAUUUAUUUUGAUCGAAGUGGUGUAAUGGCGCUGCCAGAGACGAAGACCGAAAUACUCAUCGGUGUGGUUCCGACACGCAUGCUAGCGUAUCUUCCAACUCUUGGUCAAUUCGUCAACUUGAUUUUUGAAUUUUGAUCGGUCCGCCUAUCAGGUGCGGCGCCGAUACGAAAAGAAUGACGUACGGUUUCAAGGCUAGACCUUUACCCGGUGACUAAUGCUAAACCCUAGCACUUAUGGGUUUUGUACGGGGACAAGGACAAUUGCUUUGGACUGCUAUUAGGGAUGAUGAUUGUUUUUAAAAAAUAUCGCAACUAGACUUAAAAGUUUAAAUAAUAUCACCUUUUUCACCUUUUCAUUUUUCUUUCAAAAAUAGCCCAGUUAACUUUUGUUUUCAUAAAUGGACCGUGUACAUACAAGCACGCGCUUGAUCUUUGCUGCUUUUAAACAUAAGUGGGUUAGUCAUCCCAGUAAUCCUUCAUAGACAAGUUAGUAAAAGUGCACCACCGCUAAUUAUAUAUAUAUAUAUAUAUAUAUAUAUAUAUAGAGAGAGAGAGAGAGAGAGAGAGAGAGAGAUGAUCAGGUGAUAAGUCCUCCUUAAGAUGAGAAGUGAGAAGUAAUCUCAGCCCUUGGAUUUGCAUCUAAUCUUACAACGCAGCAAUCUUAUAGACCAAUAUAGUAUCUUAUAACCAAUAUAUCAUAACUUAUAAAGCUCUAUAAAGCUCUCCAUCAGCGUCCUCAGGUUACACCGCGACGGUUGAUGCCCUAUCUUGGGAAAAAACGAGGAAAUUGCAUUGUAUAAGAAAGAUGCGCAAAUACAUCACAAAAGCUAGGUUGAAUUAAGUUAGGAGUUCGAAAAUGGUAAUCGAAAGCUAGGUAAAAGCCACAAUGAUUGCUAUUCUUACAACCCUCUUGCUCUCGGUUGUCUUCCCUUCUUGCUUCAUUGACUGUCUCAGCUGCGUGUUUGACCGCCGCUUGGAAUAAGAAAGCUUCAUUCUUUUUUCCUUUGCUUCAUCCAUCUCUAUCUGUUUUUGCCUGCAUUCUUUCCUGCAAAAUGGUGUAUUCCCCCUGUACAUGAGGAUGUCACUGUUAAGUGAUUGAUGUCACUCAGAUUUAAAUUUAAGUGUUCAUAUAUUAUGACAAAGCUAUUUAUUCUCAUAAAUAAAACAAUGACCCUCAAUGAUUUGAUAAAAACUAAAACACACAGUUGAGUAAAAACGACAUGGAACCCAAACUGUCCUAAUCACGAAAAGGUUUGUUCCUUAUUCACCAUCUUCUUAUGUUAGCUCCAUUGCCCCACUAAGCAGAUUUGCACAACUUUUCUGUUCAUUUUAAAAACAGACUUUGAAUAACAUCACCUCUUAACUUUAUAGAGAUAAUAUUAACAAAUUCAAACCUACUAUGUACAAACUGAGUUCACAGAAGCAACCAUGUUGAAUUAAGUUAGGAGUUUGCAUCUUAUAAAUUGAGUUUAUCAGCUUUUUAAGAUGUUUUUAGGCCAAAAUAAAUAAUGAUCUGUACCAUUUUAUACAGUCCACUUCUAUAAAUAAUGAAAUACAAGAAUCGAGUUUAUUUCGGACAUCGAAUGAUAAAUGAAUCUUAGGCAAAAAUACCGAACAAGGGUUGGCUGGAUGAUGGCUUGAACAUUAGCAUGUUUCAUGCUUUCAAAUAGGUUUUAAACCGGAAGAAUGUUACUAUGGAAGUGAAAACUCGCCAGAUGGAACAUAUCUCUUGACAAGCUUAGCCUGAGAUUCAUUGGUUUCUUUAAUCACCUUCAUUGUCAGUGCAUUGUCCUGUCAUGGCACACACACAAGCUCAUUAGUUUAAAAAGUUAAAUGCCACUUGCAAAUCACAUUUUGUUUUGAAGACCACUCAGAAUUGUUAGCAAGUUUGCCAGGUAAAGUAUGUAUACCUUACUUACAGCUUUAUUUCCAAGGCCAAACUUGUUAGCCAGAGCCAGUUUUCCAACAGGGAUCUUGAAGACCCUAAACCAAUCCCUGAUGGCCACAAGUGUGCUCUGAAAAGGAAAAACGAAAGCAAUUUUUCGCCUUGCAUGUUCCAUGAGCGUAGUAUUCCUUCAAAACAUAGACAAAAACUAUCAGACAAACACGAUACGGGUCAUUGAAACAAUGUUUGGAUAAAUACAAUGGUUGAUCUUUCGUGUUAAGUUGAUUAAAAUCUAUCUUGUCCUUCCACAUGAUGAAGGAGAAGGAUGAGAAAAAUACCCACAUAAAGGUCAAGUCUUCCCUUUCCCUUUUCUGCUGCCAAAACCUCAUAAAUACAAGACAUACAAGACCACAAAAAAGCAUAACCUAGGGAAAAAACUAACUUAAGGUCAAGAGUGAAUAAAACACACUCAUGCGGAGAACAAUGUGUUUCAUAUUACGGAUUAAAUCAAUUCAAACCAACCUAUAAAAUCAAACUUAGUUUUGAUUUACCUUCUCAAAAAAAUAGAACCGUGGAUUUCAUCUACACUUCUGCUCCAUGGUCGUUAUCAAGGUUAAAGACGUGGUGAAGUUGAAAUGGCCUGAACAUCCAUUGCAUAGAAUAAAAAAAAGGCAAAAAAAAGAUAAGCAUGUGGUCGAGAAUGAAACCAAGUACCGAGGACGUAUAGUGGAAUUACAAUCUGUUCUUCCUUUUUGUGUCAUUUUUCUUGGUCUUAACUCUAGCAACAGUCUCCAAUACUGCCUGAAUCAGAGAGAAAAUUUAAUCUAGAUUGCUUAGAUAACCCUUAAUCCACAUAGAAGACUUUACAAUAAAAUUAAACUUUCAAUAUGCAAAGAAGUAAUGCGUCAAGCUAGUGAAACUAAAAUCUACCAGACUACCACGUUAUCAAGGGUGAUUUUAUUCACAUGGUAUCAAUAUAGGUUUACCCCUAACCGUACUGCUAUUCACUCCUCAAAUCCUUUUUUUCUAAAUGGUGGAUGUAGACCACUCCCUUCCUUAUGCUACUCUUAUUCAUAUGCUAUCCAUCAAAUUAUCAUCUACCAAUUACCUUCUCUGGAGAACUCCGGUGGAGACCCUUCUCAAAAGCCAAGACCUAUUCGGAUUUUUGGAUGGUACCAACUCUAAACCCUCUGUUUCUUCUACCUCUGAUGCGGGUGCUACCAGGCUUCAAAAAGCCUGGGUUAUGCAGGAUUAGCGCCUUCAUAGUCUACUGCUCUCUUCCCUCUCACCAGAAUCCAUGGCGCACAUAAAAAGGGUGAAAUGAUACAUUGAUGGCAAGAAAAUCGCACUUGAUGUAUAAAUUAAUGUUUGAUUACACAGCGAAUUAUCAAGGGUGAUUUUAUUAAAAAAUAUUCAUUCCAAAUCAAUUGAGGGGUCCGGUCUGAAAAAGUAACACCUUAGAAAAUGUGAAACAAAACUGUGUUCUUGAUAUCGAUGAUGGCUGCAGCAGAGUACAUCGUAGCAGAUGAGAAACCCUACCUAGAAACUAAAGAGAAGCAAAAUAGGAGAAGAGCUUUUAGCUAAGAGGGGAUGAUUACCAGGGCAGCGAUGAUACUCAUAGAUGUGGGUGGCUUGGCGGAAGGAUUUUUUCGAACCCUAGGCUAUGAAUCCGAAGUCCGAAGAGCGUAGAAACGAAAGGAAGGUUUAUGUUUGGCGUCCCAAACAAAUAUUGAAGCCCAUUCAUACGCUGGAACAUAAGAAAACGGUAAUAAACAAGAGCAAGCUUCACGGUUAGCAUCAGUGGGGCUGAAUUGAAGUUUCCGUCUAACACUGCACACACGGAAAUAGGCCAACUAACUUCUGGGCUCUUUUGGAGGACCUGGGAGCAAUCAUUUCCCAGGCUCAUUUAUGCAUCCAGUUCUACACCCUCGAGGGAAUAGGAACGAUAAGAGGAGACAAAAAAUGGCUAGGAGUUGCUAUGUGAGGGCAUGCAAAGCUCACUGAAGGAAUGAAGCUAGAGUAAAUGCCAUCGAACAAGACUUAUCAAAGUUUGAGGAGGGGCAGUUCAAAGCACAGCCUACUUCACAAUUCCGACUAGGUUGUUUUUUGGUUUGAUUCUUGUCGGAUCACCCAAAUCUGACCAUGUGUUGUACAUUUACAAACCCUAUUUUUGAAGCUUUCCUCAUGUCGGAAUUGGAGAAUCCGACUCCCGCAAAUUGGUAACCUAAUCACAACUCCUGUAUUUUGGCUUGUCAGACAUAAAACUCCCGCAUUUUGGUAAUUAACUCCUCUAAUUUGAAUUGAGAGUUAUGAUUACAAGUUACAACAAUGAGUUUAGACGUAGAUUUAAACGUAAAUUAUUAAACCUGAAAUACUAAAUAAAUGGCUUGACAUAUUUGAAUAUAUAAAUCUUAUAUGUAGUACGUAAUAUUAAACUAAAGAACAUGGUUUGAAUAUGCACUGAAUUUUUAUUAAAGAACAUGGUUUGAAUAUGCACUGAAUUUUUAUUAAUAAGCAGCCCAUUCAUCUAUUGAACUAGAUCUUUAAUGUCUGAGAUGACAUAAAAAAUUUCUUUAGCUUAAGUAUAAUUUUGGCUCCUAUAUUAACUUUUAUGAGCUCUCAAGUAGAAGAAAUGGUAUUUUUUAAUUCUAUCGGAUGAUUUUGUUUCCCCAUUUUUGAAUUCGUCAUUUUACCAUGGAGACACAACGGGGGCUUGGAACACUGGCAGCGGGGACGGAGCAGGGCCGAGCACGCAACGUUAGAUGUAGUAUUAAAUUUAUUAUUGUAUGUACUAUCUACUUCUUACGUAGUAAUAAAUUACAUUGAAAACUACAUUUGUUUUGUUCACUUACAUUAAAAUUACAAAAAUUGCAUUUAAAACAAAAUAAAUUUUGUAUCUCAUUUAAUGAAUUUUAUUCACAAUACAAAUGGAUUAAAAAAGGGAAAAGGGCCAAAAUGGACACUGAGGUUUUUAAUGAAGAGCGUAUUGGACAUUAAGGUUUUUUUGAGAUCAAAUAAACAUCAAAUUAAACUUUUCAGACCUCAUCGCCCACCCCCUAACAUUUCCCGUUAACAUCUUCUCUUCCCCGUUAUCACCCUGCGAUUACAAUCUCCCUAAUUGAAAUUUCUAACCCUAACUCACUUCCAUGGCUAAUAAGUGUGAGAUUGUGCGAGUGAGUUGAGAAGAUUAGAAGGUGUUCAACUGCACGACCAAGGUUACAAUACGUACGACUAAUUUGAGGUAAUCUUUGAGUGUUGUUUUUGUUUGUUACAAUGAAUGGGUUGGUUAAUCUCAGAUUUAACCAUAGCGGGAGGUGGGUUAUGAAACCAAAGUUACAGUAUGUGAAUGGGGACGCUGAUACAGUUUAUGGGUUUGACCCUGAUUAUAUGUGUUAUCAUGACAUUUCAAGAAAAUACAAGGAUGACUUAGGGUUUAAAACACUGAAAAAUAUAUAUGUUUUAGAACCUGGAAAGGAUUUGGACAAUGGACUUUUCUUAGUUCAGGAUGAUGACACUAUAAGGAAAGUGUUAAAUCGUAUAAGGAGAUUUUCUUGGAUUGAUACUAUAGAGCUAUAUGCUGACCAUCAACGGGACGAACCCAUUUUGAUUCCCCUGAUAGAAGGUUCAUUUUCUGAAAUUGGUAAUCAUGACAUUGGUGAUGAGAAUGAUGGUGGGGUGGGUGAUGAGUCUGCCAAUACAGAUUGGAGAGACCAAAGUGAUGAAGUGAAUACAAGUGGUGUCCCAAAUGGGUAUGUUACAGAUGAAGAAUCAAAUAGAGGCUCAGAAGAUGAAGAGAGCAACAAUUCUGAUCCAUCCUCUGAUAAUGAUGGUACAAUCAAUUACAAUGCAACAGAUGGGUCAGAUUGUUUUAUGAAUGGAAUGACCUUUGCAGAUGCUGAAGAGGCUAGGACUGCAAUCGCUAAUUAUGGUGUGAAAUAUGGUUACAAGCUGAAAAUCAAACCAAAUGAGAAGAAUAGACUGGCUGUUAAAUGUUUGAAUGAGGAAGGCUGCCCAUUUAGAUUAUGGAUUUCUCAAGAUGGGAAGAACUAUGGGUUGGCAGUGAAGAUUUGUAACACUGAGCACAAGUGUUUCCGACACUAUUCUAUUCCUAGUGCUACUCAAAAGUGGCUUGCAAAUUACUUUAAAGGGCACCUGGAGAGAAAUCCUAGCUUUCGAGUUGCUGACAUGAAAGAGGAGGCAGAGAAGAAGUUGAAGAUAAAUGUUAGCUUGUAUAAAUGUAAAAGGGCUAAAAGGUUGAUUAUUCAAGAAAUGGAUGGUAGUUAUAAGGCUGAGUUUGGGUACCUAGAAGCAUAUGCUGCCACAUUAAAGAGGAGUAAUCCAGGUUCAAAAGCUGAAAUUGAACUCUGCAAUGAAGCAUUGAAAGAAGGGAGGAGAGUAUUCAAGAGAAUGUUUGUAUGCUUUGCUGCUUUGAGGCAGAACUGGCUGGCUGGCUGUAGAAGAAUCAUUGGUGUGGAUGGUUGCUUUCUAAAGGGUGUUUGUAAGGGUAAUCUGCUGAGUGCAGUGGGGUUGGAUGGAAAUGGGCAGAUGGUCCCUAUAGCAUGGGCUGUCAUUGAUAAAGAGAAUAAGUCUAAUUGGAGGUGGUUUUUGAGUUGGCUUGUUCAGGAGCUACACCUGAAUACUGGUGGUGAGUUAACACUUAUUUCUGAUAUGCAAAAGGGGCUGAUUAGUGCUGCUCAAGAGGUCAUUCCAGAUGCAGAGCAUAGGUUCUGUGCCCGACAUGUGUAUGCUAAUUGGUCAAAAAAAUGGAGAGGCAAUGAGUUUUGCAAAAAAUUUUGGAUAUGUUCCUGGAGCACAUAUGAAGAAGAGCUGCAGCUGAAUCUUAAAAAGCUUGGAAAAUUGAGCACUGAAGCUGCUUCUGACCUUUUGAAGUAUCCAGUUCAAACUUGGUGUAGAGCAUACUUUAGUAAUAGGUGUUCAUGUUGGAUGAUUGAUAAUAACAUCACAGAGUCCUUCAAUUCAUGGAUCCGGGAAGCUAGGUCAAAACCUAUUGUAACCAUGCUGGAAGAUAUACGAUUGAAGGCAAUGAAAAGAAUUUCAGAGUUCAAGACAAAUCAUGAUAAGUGGAUAAACGAUUGGUCUCCCUUAUGCAUGGAGUACUAUCAAGACAAUAAGGAGGCUGCUAGUGGUUGCAAUGUUAUAUUUAAUGGGGAUGUGGGGUUUGAGAUUGGAGAGGGGACAGAUAAGCACACAGUUGUGUUGGAUAAGAUGGUCUGCACUUGUAGAGCAUGAGAACUGACUGGAAUACCAUGCUUACAUGUCAUAUGUGCUUUCUAUUAUAGGAAGGUAGAUCCUAUCACCUACAUUUCAAGAUGGUAUCAUAAGGAGACUUAUAUGGCAGCAUAUGCAAAUGCUUUGCAACCGGUACCUGGAAAAGCUUUCAUGAAGGUUGAUGAUUAUGAACCCAUUUUACCUCCCCCAGUGCCAAACCUACCUGGCAGACCAAAUAAGAACAGGGUUAGAUCAUCUACUGAGGUCAAAGGAUCUGGAAGUGCUUCUACAUCUGCCAGUGCUACACCUCAGACAUCAUCAAGAAAAGGGAGACUACAAACUUGUGGGAUAUGCCAUAAGGAGGGCCAUAAGAGAGCUACAUGUCCUAAUAAAGAUAAAGAUGCAAGUGUUCAAGGAGCAGAAGGGAAUGGACCUAUACCUGUGAAGAGACCUGCUAGUGUUGCUUUUUCAGCAAUUCCUACCACUACAGAAUCAGCUCCACCAACAAAUCCACACACUAAUGCUAAAAGGAGUACUGGUAAGUCUAAAGUGACAUGUAGAAGAAUAGGAAGGAAGAUAAGUAAACAAUCUGUAACAGGCUUUGGGUGCCAUGUGGAUGUGAACACUGGGGAGAAGACUUUAAAUUCUGGGAUGAGCAGUGAGGAAAUAGUUUCAGAUUUCCAGCCUGAAAUGCCACAUGACCCUGAUGUUACAGUCAGAUUUACAAUCCCAAAUGAAAAAGAUAUCAGAGGAGCUGCCCGGGCUGAGAAGCAGUUGGAUGUGCCAACAUAUAGAACAAUACCUUUCAAGGGUGAUGGUACAGAGGUGCAUAAUCCAACAAACCUACCUUUUCAACCACCUGGUUUGCAAUGGAAUGGGAAUGCAACAAUCAGCUCUAAGCAGUUGUUACAGAAGAUGCAGAUCAGGAGGUCGGGUUCCAUUCCAAAGUGAUGAAUGAAGACUCAUAUGUUUCAUUAGAACACUUUUGGAUGCAAAUAUGGAUGAAUGAAGACUCAUAUGUUUCAUUAGAACACUUUUGGGCACUAUGUAUUUAUUAGCUUAUUAGUUUUUUUGGCAAUGUAGUCGUUUGAAGAUUCACUGGAAGUUUAGGUGUUUUGUAUGAAGUUUUAGUACUUCUGGCAAUAUAAGGAACUGACUGCAAUUAUGGGGUGCUAAAUUAGGGCUUAUAAUGCUUUUUUUUUUAUUUUGUAACCUCAUUAACAAUCAGUAUUAUGAUCCCUAAUGAUGUGAAGUUAUGAUAUAACAUCUUUUUUUGUUUAUAUAUGUUGUUUAUUCAACCAGACCAUGUUGGCAUGAGGGCUUUCUUCUACAGAUUGUAUUGUGGUUAUGGUAUUGGCUCUGAUUUCAAACUGCUCUCAAACUGGUGUUAUCAGUACACUACUUCAUUUGUGGUGUUAUCAAUACACUGCUCUCAAACAUAGUAAUACAACCAGACCAACUUAUUAAAAACCAAACCAAAGUGUUAACUUAAAUUCAAAUUCUAACAACAACAUGUAUUCAAACUGUUUACAAGGUCAUAACCAAACCAUUUUACAAGAAACUGAAACUAACAUACUAACACACAUAAUACUACAAUAAGGACACAUAACAACACUACAAUAACAUAAUUAUUCUUCAUUUUAGUUUUGCUUUCCAAUUCCAGAUGAGCUGCAUCAUUCAUACUGUUGACUUCUUCAAGUUCACUCUCCAACUUUUGAGCAACACUAUCACAUUCCAAUUCAAACAUUGCAGAUUGGAGCCUCCUAUUCUCCCGUUUCAGCUCAUUGAUAACAUGCCUUGCUCUGUCCGUUAAUGGCUCAUCAUGCCAUUCAAAGAAGCCACAUCCAUCCUUCUGAGUAUACACAAGAGUAUGAAUAUCAAUAUGAAUAUAAAUAAAUUAUACAUAUUCAUGAUCUUCUCCAGUUCUCAUAUGUGAAAAGAACAAUUAAAAGCAUACCUCAUAAUUAGGACAUCCAUGAAAUCUUCUCCCUGGAUACUUGUCAGUCCAUGAAGUCCAAAGUGGCGCCUUGACGCGAGUUCCAUUUGCAUUCAUGCAUCUGCAAAACCUAGAACGCCCAGAAUACGGUCGCUCAUAGAUGCUUCGAAGCUUCACUGAAUCACCGGACUCAGAUUUCCGUGCCUCAGACGACCUCGAUGCUGAAGGACUAGCCGACAUCACUGCUUUCUUCUUCAUAAUCUGUCUCAGAUUGUAUUUAUUAGGUAUAUAUCAAUUAGGUCUAAUCGCAGGGUGAUAACGGGGAAGAGAAGAUGUUAACGGGAAAUGUUAGGGGGUGGGCGAUGAGGUCUGAAAAGUUUAAUUUGAUGUUUAUUUGAUCUCAAAAAAACCUUAAUGUCCAAUACGCUCUUCAUUAAAAACCUCAGUGUCCAUUUUGGCCCUUUUCCCGAUUAAAAAAUAAUAUAAAGUAAUCAAUGUUUUGUUACUCAAAAAAUCAAAAUGCAUAAUUUUCAUGCUAAAAAAUAUGACAGAAAUUUUAAAAACUUCUAAAUUCGGAAUUUAGAACUCCUAUACGAAUUUAAAACUUUAUUUUAAAAAACUUUCAAAAUUAAAAAUUUUACAAUUAAAAAAAAAACUUUAAUCACACAUAACAAUUUGGUCAGAAAAAAAAAAGAAAUGACCCCUGUCGGAAUUGGCACAUCCGACGUGAGGAAAGUGUUUUUUCCCUAGACCCUACCCCGUAUUUUGGUGAAACACCCCAAAUAAAGGGUAUACAUGAUUCGUUGGAAAGAAACUCAUGCAUCUUUCUGAGCUUUGUUGUCUCGCUCGUUUAGUCAUGCAAUCUUGGAGCUCGAAAUCAUUGCUGUGAAAUUAAUGAUCUUGGGAAAAUGCUGCAAGCUAGAAAUUAAUGGUGGCAGAAUGUCAUCAGGAAAAAAUAUAGACACAGUACCAGCACAAUCAGGAAAGUGCCAAGAAGGUUGUGAUACACGUAAUCAUGCUGCCAUAGAAUAAUGAUUUGGAGUUCUUUUUUCUAGCAACAAGACUUUUAAGAUAUACAGAAUAUUGUAGUUAAUUUCCAGACUGCAUAUGAGGUUAUGGGACUAGGCUCAUAGUCUAAUUGGCCCAGGCCCCGAACUUGGACCAGCAGGUUAAAGCUCAGCGAUCCAGAGCUCGGGCCGGCCCAACUGAUCAGACCCAUCAAGGAGUGGAAGCCCAAGACAGCCUGCCUCCAGUCCAGUGGGGAGCCUGCCUUCCAGCCCAGCCAGAGGCAUGCCUUCCAACUCGGUCGGCAGCCUGCCUCCAGCCCAGCCAAGAGCCUGCCUCCAGCUCAGCCAAGAGCCUGCCUCUAGCCCAACGGGGAGCCUUCCAGCCUAGCCAGGAGUCUACCUCCAGCCCAGCAGGGAGCUUGUCGUUCAGUCUAGCAGAAGGGAGCUCAAGCGUCCGGCCUGCCAGCCAGGAACAUUAACGGCCAGGGCAAUUAAUGCGCGACUUAAUUAUGUAUUUAAUUCCAUGUUAAUGAUGUAAUUAAUUAGCCAUUACUAUCUUUAUCAGUUACUAUUUGUAAAUCGCCUAUAAAAGUCAUGUCCGAAUUUCAAAUGAGAUAUGCUAUUUCUGGCAACUAAACAUUGUUAGCUUCUUUCCUUAUUUGCAUUAUUUUCCCGAUUUC